AUGUCCACUGGGGGCAGGUUCAACUUUGAUGAUGGGGGAUCAUACUGUGGAGGGUGGGAAGAGGGAAAGGCCCAUGGCCAUGGCAUCUGCACAGGACCCAAGGGCCAAGGCGAGUAUGCGGGCUCCUGGAGUCACGGUUUUGAGGUGGUCGGUAUCUAUACCUGGCCCAGUGGGAACACUUUUCAGGGGACAUGGGCACAAGGCAAGCGGCAUGGCAUUGGAAUUGAAAACAAGGGCAAGUGGGUUUAUAAGGGUGAGUGGACACAUGGAUUUAAGGGACGCUAUGGUGUGCGGGAAAGCACAGGAACCAGCGGCAAGUAUGAGGGCACGUGGAACAACGGCCUACAGGAUGGAUAUGGAACAGAGACAUACUCUGAUGGAGGUACAUACCAGGGCCAAUGGGUGGGCGGCAUGCGGCAUGGAUACGGUGUGCGGCAAAGCGUUCCGUACGGCAUGGCGGCCGUCAUCCGUUCACCUUUGCGUACCUCCAUAAACUCUCUACGCUCCGAGCACAGCAAUGGCACAGCUCUGCUGACCGGCGAUCGGGCGCCUGUGGCUGGUGUAGGAGGCAGCGGUGUCCUAGUAGUGGGCAGUCCAGCAGUGUCCCGCGGAGGCUUCGUUUUGACAGCCCACAGCGAGGCAGAGCUGUUGAAGAACAAAAAGAAGGGCCUGUUCCGUCGCUCACUCCUAAGUGGUCUCAAGCUGCGAAAAUCAGAGUCCAAGAGCUCGUUAGCCAGCCAGAGGAGCAAGCAGAGUUCCUUCCGCAGCGAGGCCGGAAUGAGUACGGUGAGCUCUGCAGCAUCCGAUAUCAACUCAACCAUCAGCCUAGGUGAAGGAGAAGGUGAGCUGCCGGUGGGCGACGAUGACGUAGAUGCCACUACCACUGAAAGUUAUGCUGGCGAAUGGAAGAACGACAAGAGGACAGGCUGCGGGGUGAGCCGGCGUUCUGACGGACUGCAGUACCAGGGCGAGUGGUUGGGCAACAAGAGGCAUGGCUAUGGAUGCACAACCUUUCCCGAUGGUACCAAAGAGGAGGGCAAAUACAAACAGAACAUACUUGUCAGCGGAAAACGGAAGAACCUUAUCCCGCUACGUGCAAGCAAGAUCCGCGAGAAAGUGGACAGGGCGGUCGAAUCGGCAGACAAAGCUGCCGACAUCGCAAAGCAGAAGGCAGAGAUUGCACUCUCAAGGACAGCUCACGCAAGAGGGAAAGCCGACGCCGCAACAGCAGCAGCGCAGAAAGCCCAGGAAGAGUGCAGGUUGGCCCGGAUCACCGCCAAAGAGUUCUCCCCCUCUUUCCAGCACAGAGGAAACAGAGUGGAGUGCCAGCGACCCAAACAGCAGAACUCGAGUGAGAACGACGUGGAAGUUAUAUCUAGUGGGACUGCAGACAGCACUGAACUCUAUAUGAAAGGCUCCACACCUCCGGAUCUAACCCCGGAUGUGAGUCCCACUCCCAGUCGGCCCUCUACGCCUCCACGUAGCCCGACCACCAAAUCUUCCCACCGCACCAAAAAUGCCCGCUUCUUGCGACAGACUGCAGUGGAUGAGGAGCGUGGGGGAACACAAGAGAUCCAGGUGCUGAUGGAAGGGAGAGGUGGAGGUGGUGGUGGUGGUUCAGGUGGAGGUGGAGAUUACCUGAGGGCUAACAGCUGGAGUGAGGAAAAGCGUCCCUCCCGUGGGGGGAGCAGUAGAGGUGGUAGUCGGGGUAGCAGCCGCUCUACAACCCCUUCAGUACAGGACGAGGUACGGGUCGGAGCGGCACGGGCCAAUGGCCACAAGCACUCUUCUAAUCAUAAGCCUCGAGACCACAGUUCCUCCAAUCACAAAACCCCAAGGGAAAGACGGCCAGAUGGACCUUCGGCUUCCUGGACGUCUCAGCGGGUACAUGGGGACAGUUUGGCUCACUCCCGUCUCCUUGAGCAGGAUGAGGAAAAACUGAGCAAUUAUGAAAUGGAGAUGAGGCCGUUACAGCCAAUGGACUCCCAUAACUCCCAGAAGCCCUAUGGGCAUGGGGAGGAGCGGCAUGGUCACUCAGAGACCCGUGCACAUAUGUUACAGCAACGGGGCAAGAACCGUGAUCGGGAGCGGGAUGUCCGGGAUGCUUCGGGUCACAGGGACACCCGGGAGGGGCCAGCUUUGGACUCAGUGCAAAAAUUGGACAGCCUACGAGUGGGGGAAAAGCUAGAGGCUCGGCCCCUCCGCAGGGACCUAACACUCUCACCCCCACAGAAAUCCCCACCUAUUGCACUAGAGCACGAUGACGAGAAUCAGUCUCAGCUCAAAGUGAACUCGGGCUCCAACUCGAUUCUGGUAGUCAUGGUGAUUUUGCUCAACAUUGGAGUCGCCAUUUUGUUUGUUCAUUUUUUUAUUUGA